AGAGUUCUUUUUGUUUUUUUAAAAUUGCGGUGAUCGACUGCUGGUGCUGCCAGAGUUAUCGGUGGUGGUGUUCUACAGCCUUCUCUUUUUUUCCUUCCCUGGCGUAUUACACGUUUCCCUGUUGUGCGUGCAUCCUUCCUCCUUUGCUUAGCAACAUUUGAUUACUGCUCAGUGCCUUUAUUAUUUAUUACUCUUAUUAGAGAACGUUUUUCUGUCUCUCUAUUUUCUUUUUUCCCGGUCACUACUACACAUACAAACCUCGACGUCCAACGCUCUACCACAAUGAGUACGCAGGCAACCUUGCAGAGCUUCUCCAACACGUUGCGGGGGACAACCGGUGGGGCCACCUCCAACGCCUCUUCCUCCGCUGCCACCGCCUCUUCCACGCACAACUUCUUCGAUAUCAUUGACGGCUAUUUAAAUCGCAUGCUGCCACGCGACAAGACCAUGAAAGUGCUGCUCGUGGACGACAACGUGCUGCCGAUGAUCGCCAGUGCCUUCUCGCAGACCGAGCUGCUGACGCACGGGGUGUACCUCGUGGAGUCGCUGAACAGCGCAGCGCGUCAGCGCAACUUGAUGAAGAUGCUGCGGUGCUACAUUCUGCUGCGGCCGACACUCGCCAGUGUCGAGGCGGCGGGCGCGGAGCUGCGCAUGGCGAAGUACCGCAACUAUCACGUUCUCUUCUGCGGGGCUGCAUCGGCCGAGAUGCUGGAUCGGCUGGCGCAGGCGGACAACGACUCGUUGGUCGAGCAGGUGCAGGAGAUCUUCUGCGACUUCAACGCCGUGAACAAGGAUGCGUUUGUGCUGGAGAUGCCGUCACCGCAGUCGCUCGUGUCGUCUGCGGUGCCCGCCAUGCAGGUGCGACGCCUGGCGGAGGGACUCGCCUCGUUGAUGGUGGCGCAGCGUCGCCGUCCGUACAUUCGCUAUCAGCGCAGCAGCCCCUUUGUGCAGCGCGUCGCGGCGGAGUUGGUGAGUAUUCUGAAGAGUGACCCCGCCCUCUACGAUUACCCUGCUCGGGACUCCGUGUUGCUGCUGCUGGAUCGAAGCGAUGACCCCCUCACACCGUUGUUAACUCCAUGGACCUACCAGGCGAUGCUCCACGAGCACGUUGGACUGCGCUCCAACACGCUGAAGCUGCCGCCCGACGUACAAGGGGCGGAGGAGGAGGGCUACGUGUUCUCCGAGCGGGACGACGCCUUCUUUGAGCACAACAUGUUCAGCAACUGGGGUGACCUGUGCAACAACGUGAAGAAGUACGUGGACCAGUGCAAGGCGGCGCUCAACCUAGACCGCUCCACCGCCACGCUGGAGGAGCUGAAGUCGUUCAUGCAGAACAUCCCGCAAACGAAGAGCCUCACAGGUGCCGUGACAAAGCACACCACCGUCACGACGUACCUGUCGAGCGAAAUCAAGCGGCGCAACCUGCUAGAGAUGUCCCUGCUGGAGCAGGACAUGAUUGCUUCCUCCAGCCAGAGCGAUCACUGGUCGCGGUUACAGGCCUUUGCGUCACGCCCGAGCACCGCGCAGGAGGACCUCACGCGGCUCUGCCUCAUUUACCACCUCCGCUACGAGCAGCCAGGUGGGGCGUCGCAGGUGACGCAAUACCUGGACCGCGUCGAGGCCAACUACGCCCUCGUGCUGCGGAAGCUGCGUCAGUACUACGGCGUGAACCGGCCUACCGAUCGACUCUUCGCCGCGACGGGGGUCAUGGCGACCAUCAUGAAGACGCUGGUCGAUGUGGGGAACAUUUACACCCAGCACGAGCCGGUGCUGAAGCGCACGCUGCUGCAGCUCUACAGUGGACAGCUGGAGUCCGCCGCUUACCCGUACCUGUCGCAGCCCACCUCGUCGUCGGGCGGCGGUGGCGGCAUGACAAGUGUGGAGUACAAGCCGAAGGAGGUGAUGGUAUACAUGUGUGGCGGCUACACCUUCGAGGAGGCGGCGCUCAUCCACGCCGUGAACACGCAGACGGCGUUUAAGCCGAAUGACGUGUCCAACUUUGCGACCGGCGGCCUUGGCGUGAGGGCGUCGAUUGGUGGCGAGGCCACGCUGAACUCCAAGAGCUUUAUUUCGCUGCUAAACCAGGUAGCACCGUCGUAA